UACUCCUCACAACAAUAACGUAUUCUUAUUCUCCUCUUCCACAUCCCAUGCACCCUUCUAUAUAAAUGUCAUGAAAAAUUAUUCAAUUCCUAUAUGGAAAUGGAAUUUUCAUCCCCUCAAAUUCAAUACCCAAAUUUCAAUUUCUUCCAAUAUCAAUCACCAUUACCAUGGAAUAACGAACUUUUCUUAGAUCAUGACCAUUUGACUAAUUAUCCAUGGGAAAUUGACUCCGUCAAUAAUAAGGAAGAUCGUCAGAUACCAAGAAGUUCUUCAUCCUCAGACGUAACGAAUUCCUCGAAAGGAAGCAAUUAUCAUGAAGAAGAGGUCACAUCACAGAAUUCUACCCAAAAAAAAGACACAACAAAAGAAGAAAAGCACUAUACAGGAGUUAGAAAAAGACCAUGGGGAAAAUAUGCAGCAGAAAUAAGGGACUCAACAAGAAAUGGAAUGAGAGUUUGGUUAGGUACUUUUAAUACAGCAGAAGAAGCUGCUUUAGCAUAUGAUCAAGCUGCACUUUCAAUGAGAGGUCCAUUGGCACUACUCAAUUUUCCUAUGGACAAAGUAAGAGAAUCACUUGAAAAUAUUAAGUAUUCUUGUGAAGAUGGAUUGUCUCCAGCUGCUGUUUUAAAAGCAACAAAUAAAAUGAGAUGUGUUAAACAUAGGAGAAAUAGGAAGAAGAAAACUGUUUUGGUUUUUCAAGACUUGGGUGCUGACUUGUUAGAUGAGCUUUUGAUGAGUACUUCAUCUCAGAAAUAACAUGACUUCAAGUUGUUUGUAAAAAUUGCUCUUUUUUCACUUUUUUUGGUGGACCUUUAUGUGUAUGUAUAUUUCUGAUGAUGGCUAAAGAGAAUGUAAAAGAUGUUCACUUCUUCUCUUUA